GUGUCAGUGAGUUGGCAGUCUUCGCGCGGAGUUCGCACAAAACGGUUCACUCAAAAUAAUAAAAUUCUGGGAAAAUAAAAGAAAACAAGAACAAGGCGAAAUUUUAAAAUCUUUUUCACUCUUUUGAAAUUUCGAAAAUAAAAGAUUUGAAAAAAAAGCAAGUGUUAAAUAAUAUUUUAGAAAUAUUGUGCAAUAAAUCUCGAAAAUCGCCACACAUAAAUUGUUGUUAUUGUUUAAAAUAUAUUUAUGGACAAUUUGUGUCGAAAAAUGUGUGAAAUUCAUUGAAAAACUUUGCGUUGUGUUUCAAAACCCAAGCAACGAAUAAUUUUUUUAGCCCUAAAAAAGUGUGAAAUUUAUUUGUUUUAUUGCAAAUAAAGAAUUUUAUCACUGAAAAUUAUAUAAGCGCUCUUGUAGCGUAUCACCGACAUCAACGCCAUUUGAGAGCGAAGACGUCAACAAUGGAUUCGGAUAAAGUUGUGCGCGCCAUGGCGCGUUGGUGGCAGACCGUCAGUCAAGAGGACAAUGACCCCAACUCGCGUAAUCCAAUGCUCUACGAUCCGCUACAGGAUGGUGCGGUACGAACAUCCAAAAAGAUGCAAUAUGUCGCAGCGCUGGUUGUUUGCCUCGGUGCUGUAGCCGCAGGUACAGCAUUAGCAUGGACCUCACCUGUGUUGCCACAAAUAAGCGCACCCGUUGAAGUAAUCAAGGAAAUAAACGCCACCACCAUUACCACCAAUUCUUCUUCGACAACGACGACAACAACGACGGCAGCGACGCCAGCAGCGGAUUCAACGGGCUUGCAGCUGACGCUCGAGCAACAAACCUGGGUCAGUUCGUUGGUUGCGAUUGGCGCGUUCUUUGGUGCUUUACCCACGGGCUACAUAGCUGAUGCGAUUGGAAGACGUUACACCGCGCUUGUUAUGGAUGUGCCCUUCAUUGUGGCAUGGUUGGCGAUUAUCUUUGCCAAAUCGGCUGGUUGGUUGUACUUUGGACGUUUCAUAAUUGGUGUUUCGACUGGCAGCUUCUGUGUGGUGGCACCCAUGUAUAUAUCUGAGAUUGCAGAGACGAGCAUACGCGGCACAUUGGGCACACUCUUUCAGUUGCUACUGACCAUCGGUAUACUGCUGGUUUAUGUUAUUGGUGCGCUGGUUUCGUGGACCACAUUGAGCGUGCUCUGUCUGACGGUGCCGAUUGCAUUGUUCAUUGGUAUGCUGCUACUACCGGAGACACCCACGUAUUUGUUGAAGAAAGGCCGUCGCGGUGAUGCGGCACUUUCGUUGAAGUGGCUUUGGGGUCGCUAUUGCGACUCUCGUUCGGCCAUACAACAGAUACAAGCCGAUCUGGAUCAGGCCGGCGACGAUGCCUCAUUUUUGGAUCUCUUCCGUACCCCUGCCGCGCUCAAAGGUCUCAUCAUUUCUAUGCUGUUGAUGUUCUUCCAACAGUUUUCCGGCAUUAAUGCGGUCAUCUUCUAUACGGUGCCCAUCUUUCAGUCUGCCGGUAGCACUUUGGAUCCCUCAGUUUGCUCAAUUAUUGUCGGUUUCGUGCAGGUCGUUAUGACAUUAACAUCUUCGUUACUGAUCGAACGCGCCGGCCGUAAAGUGCUCUUGCUUUUCAGCAGCGCCAUGAUGACUAUUUGUCUCGCCAUUUUGGGUGUUUACUUCCAAAUGAAGGACGGUGGCAAAGAUGUGUCCGCGAUUGGUUGGCUACCUUUGCUUUGUGUAGUGCUCUUCAUGAUCGUUUUCUCGAUCGGUUAUGGUCCCAUACCAUGGCUGAUGAUGGGUGAACUCUUUCUGCCCGACGUCAAGGCCACAGCUGUAGCGUUGACUGUCAUGUCCAAUUGGUUCUCAGUCUUCGUGGUGACCAAGUGCUUCGGUUCGAUGAUCACCGCUUGGGGUUCGGAUAUGACUUUCUGGUUCUUCGGCUGUUGUACGCUCACAGCGACACUUUAUGUCGCCUUCAUGGUGUUGGAGACGAAGGGACGCAGCACUGCUCAGAUACAAAUGUGGCUUGGUGGCAACAAAUAGGGAAGUUCGCUGUGUGAGAAGUAAACUUUUACUGAUUGUUUUUAGGUUUUUAGUAAUAAGCUUGUAAAUAAACAGUCAAAUUGAAGACAAUUCGUGAAAAACCCGCGUUGGCGUUGGAAAUUCGCUCAAUUCGUUAGAGAUCCGUUUGUGCGAGUAUGAACGAGUAACGAAAUAUUAUUAUACUUGUGUAUAUGUGUGUAUUUCCGUUAACGUUUGUCGAAAGUUUAUUUAUAAUUUAUUAAUUACAUAUAUUCAAAUAAGUAGUAUUAAAUAAGUAGUAAUUAAAUUGUAGGCUCAGUGCUAUAUAAAAGAGAUUUCUUUGUAGUGAUUUUAAGAAAUUUUACUUUUUGUUGUUAGUGGAAAAGCCAUGGUGAAAAUUAUUAUUAUGUAAUAGGCGUUUUAUUACCCU